AUGUCUGCGCGUCCCAGAAAUGUUGGCAUUAAGGCCAUUGAGAUCUACUUCCCCAACCAGUGUGUCGAUCAGGCUGAACUCGAAAAGUUUGAUGGCGUCAGUGAGGGCAAGUAUACCAUUGGUCUUGGCCAGACCAAGAUGAGCUUCUGUGAUGAUCGUGAAGACAUCUACUCUCUUGCCCUGACCACGCUCUCGUCUCUCUUCCGCAAGUACAACAUUGACCCCAAGAACGUUGGACGACUUGAGGUUGGCACCGAGACUCUGCUUGACAAGUCCAAGUCGGUCAAGUCCGUCUUGAUGCAGCUCUUUGAAGAGUCUGGCAACGCCAACGUUGAGGGCAUUGACACCGUCAACGCCUGCUAUGGUGGCACCAACGCCAUCUUCAACUCCAUCAACUGGGUCGAAUCGUCCGCAUGGGAUGGCCGGGACGCUGUCGUCGUCACCGGAGAUAUCGCAUUGUACAAGAAGGGCGCUGCCCGCCCUACCGGUGGUGCCGGCUGUGUGGCCUUGGUUAUUGGCCCAGAUGCCCCGGUUAUCUUUGAGCCCGGUCUCCGUGGCUCGUAUAUGCAGCACGCGUACGACUUUUACAAGGCCGAUCUCACCAGCGAGUACCCCAUUGUCGAUGGCCACUACUCCAUUCGCUGCUACACGGAGGCAGUCGACAACUGCUACAAGGCCUACAACGCCCGCGAGAAGGCUCUCCAGCAAAAGGGUGAGACUAAUGGCGUCGUCAACGGUGACGCCGCUAACGAGAAGACACCGCUUGAUCGCUUUGACCACGUCCUCUUCCACUCGCCCACCUGCAAACUUGUGUCCAAGUCGUACGCUCGUUUGCUCUACAAUGACUUCUUGGCCAACCCCAGCCACCCCGCCUUCGAGUCGGUGCCCGCCGACUUGCGCGAACUCGACUACGAGAAAUCGCUGUCCGACCGCAACAUUGAAAAGACCUUUUUGGCGCUCAGCAAGAAGCGCUUCCAGGAGCGUGUCCAGCCUGGUGUCCAGGUGCCCACCAUGUGCGGCAACAUGUACAGCGCCAGUGUUUACGGCUCCCUCUGUGCCCUUUUGAGCAACGUCGACAGCGCCGCUAUCCAGGGCCGCCGUAUUGGUGUCUUCAGCUACGGAAGUGGUCUCGCCAGCUCCUUCUUCUCUCUGCGUGUGGUUGGCUCCACGGAGGCAUUCCAGCAGAAGCUCGACCUGCACGCUCGCCUCGACGCUCGCCGCACCGUCGCUCCUGAGGUUUACGAUCAGAUGUGCUCGCUCCGUGAGAAGGCUCAUUUGCAGAAGAACUACGUUCCUCAGGGCAGCACCGAGCACAUUGUCAAGAACACCUACUACCUGACCGAGGUUGACGACAUGUUCCGUCGCAAGUAUGCCAUCAAGGCCUAA